AUGCCCAAACACUGCGUGGCCCCGAGCUGCUCCAACACUGCGAGCCCAGUGGGCGCGGAUGACCGCCCUGUGAGCGUCUACAAAUUACCACUGAAGGGCGGCCCACGGCUUCCGGCCUGGGGCGAGCACUGGGUGCCCGGCCGCCACCAGCACCGGGGCCGCGAGCACUUGGCACCCUCCUGCUUCCAGUGGUGCUGGGGCGUGCGGCCCGACGCGGUGCCCACCAUCCUCCCCCGGGCCCGGGGAUGUCGGCUCAGCCUCCACGGGCCGGGCUGGAGGAGGCGGGUGCAGAAGCUGCAGCGGCGCCACGAGCGGCACCGGACGCAGCUGUUGGCGCUGGAGCUGCGGGCGCGGCAACAGGACCUUUUCGCUAAUUCAGACCGAUCACGAUACUGCCGUUGUCCCCCCAUUCUGCCUGAACCCAAGGAUUCCUGAACCCUCACCAUCAUCUUUGGAGGACCUGAUGUAGCUGUGGUUCUUGCCCAAGGCCCUGCACCUGCUAGUCUGAACUUCCACACAUCCAGACUCUCAGUGCAUAAAGUUCAGGAUGGACCUUGCCAAGGGACUGAAGAUCGAAGAUGGAAGAAGAGACAUCACCAUGCUAGAGCACAGCCUGACCUCAUCACCAUCCUGCUCAAGUCCUUGCAGUCAGGAAAAUGA